UAAUAAUUAGUCUUCAAUUGCGAGAAAUAUAGUUCGCACGUUCUCAGUGUGACCGUAAUUCUUCUGCCACAUUAUCAAAAUGAAUAAACUGAAGUUUUGUACUCCGGAGCAGAAGAAAUGUUGGCAAGACAAUGGAUACGUGAAACUGUCCAAUGUCUUUACACCAGCAGAAAUCGAAGAAAUGUCUGCUGAAUACGAUGAACUGUUCGACCGCAAAAACAGGGAAGAUCUCACGGGACUGGAGGCAGCUUGGGCUGGAAAUGACAUGAAGAACCUGGCCAGCAACCGCAGUGUCACUGUCAAGUCCAUUCACAACCUUCAGAUGCACAGCGCAGUGUUCACCCGCGUUAUCACAAACUCCAACUUGCUGGACGCCAUGGAAGACAUCAUGGACACCAAAGACAUUCUCCUGCAUCACACCAAAGCUCACAUCAAGCCCCCAGAGAAGGGAGCUCCCUACCUGAUGCAUCAAGACUACCCAUACUUUCCUUUUAAGAAGCACAGCAUGUUGGCCAUCUUCAUCCACCUUGACGACACGACACCCGAGAAUGGUGGACUUGCUAUCUACCCUGGAAGCCACAAGCUUGGACCUCUACCACCUAAGACUAUCUACGAUGAGAAGAACGAAGCUUACCAUUACGUAGACCCCGAAAAGUAUCCCCUGGACAAAGCUACACCAGUGAGCGCUAAGAAGGGAGAGAUCAUCGUUUUCACUUACUUAACCCUCCAUGGCUCAUAUUUGAACCUUUCUAACAGACCUAGGCGUAUGUUUUUGAUCCAAUUGAGGGCUGCUGAUGAUGAACCCACCGAAGACACCCACAAGUCUCCCUGUCAAGAUCUGGUUUUGAGAGGUAGAAAUGUUAAUCGCAGUGCCAAAAUGGCUGACAGAUUUGCUCACUGAUUUUGUUUUAUGUUAAUUACUUUGUAUAUUUUAGUUUAAUGUUUAUUAAAUUGCGAAUAUUUUAAAA